GACACUGAGACACUGAGACACGGAGAGAGACACUGAGACACUGAGACACGGAGAGAGACACUGAGACACACGGAGACACACACUGAGAGACACACACUGAGACACCGAGACACAGUGAGAGACACACGGAGACACACACUGAGAGACACACACUGAGACACAGUGAGACACACACGGGGAGACACACUGAGACACACACACGGGUAGACACAUCACGAUGUCUCUCCGGCCGCGGGACGCUGUGGAGGAGAUGACCCCACAGCAACAGCAGCAGCCGCUGUGGAAACGUGAACUCCUGGACCGCAGGAGGAGGAAGGGGGUGCCCGACAUCUUGAGCCACCACCUUCAUCAGCAGCAGCAGAAGCAGCAGCAGCAGAAGCAGCAUCAGCAGCAGCAGAAGCAGCAGCAGCAGAAGCAGCAUCAGCAAUGCCAGAAUCAGCAGCAGCGUCAACAGGAAAACCACCACCUCCAGCAGAAGCAGCAUCAGCAACAUCAGCAGCAGCAUCAGCAGCAACAGAAGCAGCAGCAUCAUCAUCAGCAGCAACAUCAGCAGCAGAAGCAGCUUCAGCAGCAGCAUCAGCAGCAGCAACAUCAGCAGCAGCAAUACCAGCAGCAGAAUCAUCAUCAGCAGCAGCAAUAUCAGCAGCAGAAUCAUCAUCAUCAGCAGCAGCAUCGUCAACAGGAAACGACCACCACCAACACCACCAACAUCAGGACAACCACUACGUUCACCGCCACCAUCACCACCACCACGAUGACCACGAUUCGACGGGCGCGUCGGAUGGCGCCGGCGGUGCCAGCGAGGUGCUGGUUCUGCAGGAGAAGCUCCGUCCGGUACGCGAGAACCCCUUCGUGACGCGCGAGCGAGACCGGCGCUCCCGCCGGCGGCCUCGCCUGGGCCCGGGGGCCGCGCGGGCCUCUUCGCCGGCCCAGGACCCGCUGCUGGAGCUCUACAGCCACAUCCCGGGCAUCCGCACCAUCCGUGCCGACAACAUCAUCAUCAUCGAGUCCGACCCGGACUACUACCUGCAGCGGACUAAACCGGCGGUGCCGGCGGCGGGUCGGCCGCCGCUGCCAGCGCCGGCGGCCCUCCGCCGGGCCUCGUCUCGCCUCGCGACGGCGCCGCCGAGGAGGGGCAGCCCCUUCACGCCGCGGUCAAAGAAUUCGUUCACCGUGCACCCGGAGAAGAUCGCCGGCCUGCACCCGCCGGCCGCGUCCGCCGGGAACGCCUCCCCGAGGUCGCCGGAUCGGCUCAAACCGUCGCUUCCCGGCGGUAGGCCCGGGCCGCGCGGUGCCGGUUCGGCGACGAGGCCAAAAUCCCCGACGGUCCGGAGCUACGAGCUGCCGCGGCCGCCGCCGCCGGCGUCGCCCGCCAAAGCGUCGCCGCCCGCAACGACCCAGGGCUCGAAAUCCUGGACAUCCACCUCCCUCGGCCUCCAUUCCACCUCCUCGUCCUCGGUGCGAGGCCCCGACCCGCCGCUGUUGCCGUCGCCCACGGCACGCGGCCCCCGCGUCCUGUCGGGGCCCAACUUUGAGAUCCGUCCGGCGGUACGACCGGACCGGCCGACGUGGCCUUCCGGGGACAGGCAGGCGCAGGCCCUCAACAUUCUCCGCCGCGAGUCCGGCUACUCCAUCACCGUCAUCCCCAAGCCCCGCCAGCCCGCCGGGGGGCGGCGGUCGCCGCGGCCGCCGAACGGACCGCCGACGCGCGGGCAGGGAGCCGAUGCCCGACUCGAACCCCGGGCCGAACGGCCGCCCGUCGUCUCGUCCCCCACCUUUCGGCGGCCGGCCGCCGCCAUUCCGCCCCUGCCGCACCGCGCGCCGCUGUCACCUCCGUCGGGCCGUUCGGCGUCGGCGUCGGCGGCCCCUUCGCCCGUCCCUCCGGCCUCCCCUCCGCCCGCCAGGAGCCCCCUCGGGCCUUCCCCGGCCUACGCCGCGGAAGACGCGGCGGGACGCGCCGCUGCCCAAGUCGAACAUCGACGACGUGAUCCUAGGACCGGGACAGCCCGGGCAUCCGCAUCAAGCGGCAUCGGCAACAGGGCAUCGGGGGGUGCCACCAUUACCAAGGAGCCGGGCAAUUCCUACCGGAUCACGCCGGCGCCGCGGAAGCCGGCGGUCCCGGACGCGGGUCGCGCCGAGGUGGACGCUGGGACGCCGACGCCGAGGGUGUUGGAGAACACCCACACGCCGCUCGGUCAGCUGGUAAAGAAGCGGUUCCCGCCGGCCGACGAGAUCGAGGUGAUCGGCGGCUACCAGCGCCUGAGCAAGUCCUGCCUCCUGUCCGGUGCCCGCAACAAGAAG